CGCGUUCCAGUAGUUCCAGUGACAACCAACUGUUACGCACGUGUUUUUUGGUUCUCUGUAGUGCUUCAACUGUUCGUGACCAACACCGUCAAAAGACCGACUGCACAUUUGUUUUGGUGGCAAAAUAAAGUUGAAUUUUUUUUUCAGUUAUCGUGUUUGAUGUGUUUAUCGGAUUGAAUCGACAAGUUUGUUUACACGCAAAACAGCACGUCCGUCGCCUAGCAUUGAUGCAGGUGAUGAGGUGAACGCGAGACAGCCCUGCGAAAAGGAUACUUAAAAAAAAAAAAAAAAAGAAAAACGCAAAAUGAGCGACCCCAUGCCGUUGGCUGUCUUUUGGUUGCUCAUGACCUGUUGGACUUGGACUUCUGCUAGUUUAGUGACGACGCGUAUCGUUGGAGUGGGCCAUCCCAGACAGCAACAAAAUACAGUGCGGCGGAUCGAUCCAGUUACUGAACCAGGAGAAUGGAAGCCCAUUGAUUACGGACAUCCAAUGCGCGACGAUCCUACGCUUGUCUACGUGCCACCGGUAGUGGACCCCGUGCACUACGGUAUCCAUUCGGCGGAGCCCCUGUGGCCAAUACGAGGCUCUAAACUGCCGCAAUUUCACCUUCCACCGGAAGCCAUGCUGUCCACGGCUUCCACUGACCACCGCUGGAGGUCUCGGCAGACCCCGAGGCCGAAAAAGACCAACCAAACAUCAGGAAGGACGACGUUUCAGCCGUCACAACAAAGAGUAGAUCAUCGGCCCAUCCACCGGCUGCCGCAAUAUUAUCGACAUCCAGUCAAAUCAACUGCGUGGCAAAGAUACGAUCAUCCCACUAUGCGACUUAUUGGUAGAUCGCCGGCCCUCGGCCCGUCUUUGCCAGUUGUGUUGCCCACUUUCAAACCGGGAGUAACAACGACAAUCAAACCCGUGGUACUGCCGAUGACAAGGCCGGGAACGCCGCCGAUGUUCACACCGGAGCAACUGCGGAAUCUCCAACGCGUCACUGAACGGUAUACUUCCGAUGCGACGAUACCCAAUCGAUUAUUUGUUAGCAGUGCGAGAAGCUACAGGAAUGACAUUGACAAUUACAAUGGCAGCCCUGUAAUUAAUAACAGGAACAGUCAGCAUAAUAAUAAAGUAGAUAGCAUCGACCGUUCGGACGAUGUAAACGAGCUAUUCACUAGUGAUGUUUCGCACGAAUCUAUGGAAAAUGAGACGGUAGAUGUGAGCGAAGCAGAUCGUCGUCAACGUAAAAGGGCAAGAAAGCCGUUCGUUCCUUUUCAAUUUGUCAUCCAGUCGGGAUAUUCCAAAGUUCGGAAAUACGGCAACGAUAUAAAGGAAUUAAUACGCUGAUCUUUCUUUACUGUGCCCUACCAGCCAGUCUACUAGUAUGUCCUCCCUUACUAAUCCCGAUUAACCCAAACUGCUGCAGUAUUCAAGAUUUUAAAAAAAAAUAUGAUUUCGUUGGAAAAUACAGUAUAGAUUUAUAUUUAUAUGUGUGUAUUUAUGUGUGUGCGUGGCAACUGGUCGAUAGUUGUCAAUUGUCGGGGCAGUGCCGUAUGAAGGCCAUCGCGUAACUGUCGAUAGCAAUCAAUACACGAGCCCGGACA